CAACUGACAAUAUUUUGAAGAAGCUUGGCGAUAUAACAGAGGAAUUCAAGAUUUUGAAAACAAGGAACAUGAUCUUGGAGGACGAAAAUAAAAUGCUAAAUGAUAAAUUAAAGGGAUGUUAUAAGAGUAUGGAAAUUCACAAAAAUCUGUCCGUGGGAGAAAUAAGUAAUCGGGAAAAAGAAAAAGCUAAAUUGAAAGUAAAAUUGAAGACUUAUCCUACCAAGAUGAAGCUUGAUGACUUUAACAAACGCUUACAGAUGGUCGAAGACAAUUUAAACAGUUUUACUAUUUCAUUCGAUGAAACCAUGGAUAAUAUUAAAAAGGAUCAAAUCACCAUUGAAAAACGACUACUGAAAAUUACAUGCGACAUUUUUACGGCAACAGGGAUGGCAUUUGAUUGCUUGGAAUUAUACAACAAGGGAUGUUUUACCGGUGUGUAUUCCAUUUAUCCCUGGGGGGCCAGUAAACGGUCCCUAAGAGUCCUCUGUGAUAUGGAAACUGCUGGUGGGGGAUGGACGUAUGUAUAUCUUUUUGACGGUAUGUUAAUGGGUUACGAGGGGUGA